CUUGUAAACGGGGCCGCGCUGAUUAGCUGCUCAGAGAAGAGUUGGGAGGUUCAACGUCAGUCACGAGCGUCUCUCAAUCCCAGCAAACAGAUGACAUGCACGGAUAAAUAAUGUCUACUUCCACGGCGCAGAUUUGACCUGCAGGGAGUUAUUCAGAGGUGAGGGACUGAGAAGAAAAAAGACGUUGGGAUGGCGUGAAAAUGCAGGGAAUUAAAUAAUAAGAUUUCAGUGCUGGUGACGGAGGAAAGCUCCAGAUUUGAACUUCAGCUGCUAUAACUGACUUUGGGCGUCCUCGCUUGGAGUGAUGACUUGAAGUCGGUGGCCUCUACCGCCCAGUGAAGGACGUGCCUGACAGCUGCUAAUGGGAACUCCUCCUCCGCCAUGAGUGCUCGCGAUGGCGUUGCCGGCAUGGGCAGUCUGGGACGGCGGCAGCGCUUUGAGAACUCUGAUUUCACCGUGCGCGUCUACCCAGGCACCCUGGCUGAAGGCACCAUCUACUGCCCGAUCAGUGCCCGUAAGACUACCUCAGCUGCUGAGACCAUUGAACGCGUCAUUGACCGACUCCACCUGGACCGUACCAAGUGUUAUGUUCUGGCAGAGGUGAAAGAGUUUGGCGGAGAAGAAUGGAUUCUCAACCCCAGCGAUUGCCCCGUGCAGAGAAUGAUGCUCUGGCCCCGUGUGGCACUAGAGCAUCGCUCUCUAUCUGGAGGUGAAGACUAUCGCUUCCUUCUCCGGCUGAAGAACCUGGAUGGUUCGAUUCACUAUGACGGCAGCAUCCAGAUGUGGCUGCAGGUCACGGAAGAGCGCAGGCGCAUGGUGGAACGUGGACUACUGCCACAGCCCGAAUCUCAAGGUGACCAUGCCGAUUUAUGUCGCCUACCGGAGCUCAAUGAGCGCUCGCUGCUGGACAACCUGCGCUCACGCUUCCGCCAGGAGAAGAUUUACACCUACGUUGGGAGUAUCCUCAUCGUCAUCAACCCCUUCAAGUUCCUGCCCAUAUACAAUCCCAAAUAUGUGAAGAUGUAUGAUAAUCACUCACUGGGAGAUUUAGAGCCUCACAUCUAUGCCGUGGCUGAUGUUGCUUAUCAUGCAAUGCUCCAGAGACAGAGGAAUCAAUGCAUUGUCAUAUCUGGGGAAAGUGGCUCCGGCAAGACUCAAAGUACAAACUUUCUCAUUCAUCAUCUGACUGCUCUCAGCCAGAAAGGUUUUGCCAGUGGAGUGGAGCAGAUAAUCUUGGGGGCAGGUCCAGUAUUAGAGGCAUUUGGCAAUGCGAAGACAGCCCACAAUAAUAACUCAAGUCGGUUUGGCAAAUUCAUCCAGGUCAACUACCAGGAGAGUGGAACAGUGAGAGGGGCAUAUGUGGAGAAGUACCUCUUGGAGAAGUCGAGGCUGGUCUCUCACGAACACAAUGAGCGAAACUACCAUGUCUUUUACUACCUGCUGGCAGGAGCGAGUGAAGAAGAAAGGACUGCCUUUCACCUCAUGAAACCUGAAGAAUACCAUUACCUCAGUAAGAUGACAAAGACAACCCACCGACUGCACCGGGACACUUACUGUGAGAGUGAAGUGGACUGCUUCACAGUUGAAGGAGAGGAUUUGAAGCAUGACUUUGAGAGGCUUCAGCUCGGGAUGGAGAUGGUUGGGUUUCUUCCUUACAUGCGAAAACAGAUCUUCUCAUUGCUAUCCGCCAUCCUCCACCUGGGCAACAUUCGCUACAAGAAAAAAACCUACAGGGAUGACUCUAUUGACAUCUGUAACCCAGAGGUGUUGCCUGUGGUUUCAGAACUCCUGCAGGUCAAAGAGGAGAUUCUGAUUGAAGCGCUGACAACACGGAAGACUAUUACCGUUGGAGAAAAGCUGAUUGUCCCUUACAAACUGGCGGAGGCGGGUACGGUGAGAGACUCCAUGGCGAAGUCGCUAUACAGUGCACUGUUUGACUGGAUUGUCUUCAGAAUCAACCAUGCUCUGCUCAAUAUCAAGGAUCUGGAUGAACCCACCAAGAUCUUGUCCAUCGGAGUGUUGGACAUUUUUGGUUUUGAGGACUAUGAGAACAACAGCUUUGAGCAGUUCUGCAUCAACUUUGCCAAUGAGCGUCUCCAGCACUACUUCAAUCAGCACACCUUCAAACUGGAACAGGAGGAGUACAGGGCGGAGGGCAUCAGCUGGAGAACUAUCGACUACAUUGACAAUACAGGCUGCAUCAAUCUCAUCAGUAAGAAGCCCACAGCUUUGUUCCACCUCUUGGAUGAAGAGUGCAACUUCCCACAAGCCACCAACCAGACAUUGUUGGAUAAGUUCAAGCGGCAGCAUGACGGGAAUAGGUACAUCGAGUUCCCUGCUGUCAUGGAGCCCGCCUUCAUUAUCAGACACUAUGCUGGGAAGGUCAAGUAUGGUGUCAAGGAUUUCAGGGAGAAGAACACCGACCAUAUGAGACCAGACAUUGUGGCGCUGCUGAAGAGCAGCAAGAAUGCCUUCAUCUGCAGUCUGAUCGGCAUCGAUCCGUCGGCCACCUUCCGCUGGGCGGUACUCAGGGCUUACUUCAGAGCCAUGGUGGCUUUCAGACAGGCUGGGAAGAGGCACACCCCCAGGCGGGCCGGGCAUGAUGACGCUGCUCCCUGUGCAGUUUUGAACAGUGUGGAUAGUUUUAGCUUUCUGCUGCACCCUGUGCAUCAGAGAAGCUUAGAGAUCCUGCAGAGAUGCAAAGAGGAGAAGCACAGUGUGAGCAGGAGGAGUGCACGCACGCCUCUGUCAGACCAUCAGGGGAGCAACACCAUCAAUGAAAAAUCUCCACGAGAUUCUCCGGGCCUCGCAUGUAAUGGACGUGUGGGUCGACAGAGCCGCUUCUCGUCCUGCAGCUCCACCACAGACGAAGACGGCGUCUUUAUCAACUCUGCCAGCAGCAAGCUUCUGGAGCGAGCCCAUGACAUUCUCAUGAGGAACAAAAACUACAAAGCCAAGCCAGUUUUUCCAAAGCACUUAUUGAAUGUCAAGUCACUGAAGUACCUCAGCAACCUGACGCUUCACGACCGCAUCACCAAGUCGCUGCUUCACCUUCACAAAAAGAAGAAACCACCCAGUAUCAGUGCACAGUUUCAGGCCUCUCUCAAUAAGCUAAUGGAGACUCUGGGUCAGUCUGAGCCUUAUUUUGUCAAGUGCAUCCGUUCCAAUGCUGACAAGCUGCCCUUGCGGUUUAAUGACAACCUGGUGCUGAGGCAGCUGCGUUACACGGGUAUGCUGGAGACUGUGCGCAUCCGACAAUCAGGCUACAACAUCAAGUACAGCUUUAAGGAUUUUGUCCAUCACUUCUAUGUGCUGCUCCCAGAGAGCAUCAAUACCAGCAGAGAGAACAUCCAACACUGGCUGGACCAGCUGGACCUGGAACCAGAUGGCUAUCAAGUGGGCAAGACAAUGGUGUUUCUGCGGGAGGCAGAGCGUCAGCAUCUACAGGCCAAACUUCACGGUGAGGUUCUCAGGCUCAUCGUCAUGCUUCAACAACGGUUCAGAGCACGGUUGGAGAGGAAGCAGUUCCUUAGAAUGAGAGCAGCGGCAGUCUGCAUCCAGAAAUGGUGGCGCCUGUACCGACCCAUGGACAGUGAGGAAGAGCAAAUAGAGCAGAAUGCACAUGAGGAGGCAGCAUUGUGUCUGCAGACACAUUGGCGGGGUUACCGGGAGCGUCAAAGGUUCACUUUGUGGAAAGAGGCCGCGUUGGUACUUCAGAGGGCAUGGCGACUGUGGCUGUCUCGACGCUAUACAGCAGCUCUGGUCGUUCAGACGGCCUGGCGCUGUCAUUGGGCCAGAGAGGCCUACUUGCGCCUUUAUGCUACUACGGUGCGCCUCCAGGCUACAAUCCGAGGCUAUCUUGCUCGGCAACGCUUCGGGGAAUUGACCAAACAGAAGCUGAGGGAGAAGAAGGAGCAACUACAGAAUGGACAGGUGAGAUUUUCACCAGAAGAGGAGCCCCAUGAGAGAGUGAUGGGUUUGGACCUUAGCACUUGGGAGGACCACUCCUUCGAAGAACGGGAAAGGACACUGGAUAUCCGUGGCAACAAGGAUGGAGAGUUCAAGGAAGAAGGAAUAGGAGGAGAAUAUGCCCCCUCACCUACACAGCACUCCGAGUCACCUCCCUCAGUAACUCCAUGCGCAGUCGUGGUGCGAGAGAAGCUCAGAGCAGCUGAUGAGCUCAGCCAGAAAGCCACACGCGCCAAGAGAGAGAGUCGGCGAAUGCGAGAGUUGGAGCAAGCCAAAUUCAGUCUGGAGCUCCUCAAGGUCCGUGCGACCUGCGGUGGAAGCUCGCCCACCGCUGAGGAAAGGCGCUGGUCUGUUGAACUGGUGCCCUCCAUCACACCCCCUCUGUGUUCACCACAGGGCACACCUGACAGUCAGAGCUCCAAAGGCAGCUUUGAACUUUUGAGUAUCGAAGAUGCUCCCAAAGCCACAGAGGAAGUGACUGACAGUGAGGACCUGUGCUCGCCAAUCGGCUCACCCGGAGCACUGUCGGACCCAAGCGACGACUUUCUCUCCAUAAGCCCUAAGAGAGAGCAACUCAAUAGGGUGCCGGCUACAGAUGCCGGAGGCCAUUUUCAGGAACAAACGGAACCUACCGUCUCCUCUACACAUCCGUCCAAACUUGAGAACUACCUCCCGACCUUUUACGUCCCUGCUAAUAAGAGUAGCAAUGUCAUUCCGAGUAAUCCAACCGGGGCACCUGUACACGUUCAGUCUUCAAUAGAAAGGCAUGAGUCAACCUGUAGGCCGGUGGUGGUGGUGAUCAGCAUGCAGAAGGAAACCCCAGUGAGCGAUGAGUUGAGCGAGCUGGUCCAUCCCUGUACCAAGGUUGGUGAGUCAGGGUCUCGGAAGGAGACGCCUGGGCAAGUUCCAGCUCCGGCGCCUUGCGUACCACAGCCCGUUUCCACUGUCGAUCAGGUCGUCUUUGAAAAGCUGGUGCGGUUGAACGAGGAGAAGGAGGAGAGGCAGCGUAACCAGAAACAGCAGAAUGAGAGGGAAAUGAUGGAGCAGAUAAGACAACAGAAGGAAGCGUUGGAGCGUCAGCGCAUUUACUUUGCUCAAUAUGAGAGAGACAUGUUUGACAAACAGAGGGGAGAGGCUCUGCGGAAGAUACAGCGGAGUCGGCAGAGUGAACAAGAUGAUGGUGGGCCUGCCACCUCGAGCAAACCGCCUAGACCCAGAUCUCUGCUCAUUGAGGGAACAUCGGAGAUAAUUCCUCCUAAGAGAACCCAGUCGGAAUCUUCUGACCCUUCGGUAUACUCCCCACAAGGACGGGGUGUCCCCUAUGGUGACGCUAUUCCCCAGGUACUUCCUCCACCUGCCUCCGCCCCCACAGAGCGCCGUAAGGAAGGCAAGUCUGCUGCGGAGGGCUGGGCACCCAAACUCACCUUGCAGUCCAAAGAUGGAGCAACCAGAAUGAGAGCAGCCAACAAGAAAGUGCAGCCUGGUCAUGGCUCCGCAGUGAGUCAAUCAGCCAAACCGGGAAACAUCUUCUUCUCUCCCAAGGACAAAGUAACAUUUGUCACAAGUAACAAAUACGACAGCGGUAACGCCACUAAAGGCACGCCUCAAGCUGUCCCGACAGAGCGGCCUGCAUUUUCCAGACUGCCUAAAGGAGCAAAAACACGUGAUGUGGGCAGAGUGGGGCACAAAAAGAAAGCCCGAAUGUCACGGACUCGCUCAGAUUUCCUCACCCGCGCCCCCGUCCUUUCUGUUGGGGGCGAUUCAGAUGAGGAUGACUAUGAGGCCACCAGCCCCCCCCAUCAGUCCCCCCUACCCCUCUGCAAGCAGAGCUCCACAGAGGAAGGCCUAGGAGGCUCUUCCUGUUUUAGUGACUCCGAAAUGCCUGCAGGCUCAGAGGGAAACAAGGAUCUACACAAAGUUAUGUCGUCGGGAGAUCUGAGAAAAGUGAACUCUCUGCGCAAGAACUCGCAGGACGGAAGCAGAGUUCGUGGGAAGAUGCGCUUCUGGGGCAAGACCAAACACGGUGAUAAGAAAGCCUCCAGAGAGAAGCUGAUUUAUGGGGGUGACUCCUUGGAAGGAGACAUUGGAGACAGCGGGCCAUUGCUAAGAGAAGGUGAAGAAAGCCUGUCGCCUCGCUACAGUCCCGACCUGACGGGGGAGCGCCUCUUCCGAGACCUGAAAGAGAAUAAGGAACCUUCUCCCAAGGUGAAGCGGAGGCGCAGUGUCAAGAUCAGCAAUGUGGCGGCGGAGCCUAUUCAGUGGCCAAGUGAUAGCCUGCAGAUCCUCACCUGUAUCAAUGACUACAGAAGCAUGAAUGACUUUCUCAUGAAGAAGAUGAACGAUUUGGACACAGAGGACAGCAAGAAAGACACCAUGGUGGAUGUUGUAUUCAAAAAAGCAUUGAAGGAAUUCCGUAUGAAUAUCUUCAACUCCUUUUCCACAGCCCUGGCGAUGGACGAUGGUAAGAGCAUCCGCUACAAAGACCUCUACGCUCUGUUUGAGCAAAUUCUGGAAAAGACCAUGCGGCAGGAGCAGAGGGACUGGAGAGAGUCUCCUGUCAAAGUUUGGGUUAAUACUUUUAAAGUCUUCCUGGAUGAGUUCAUGACGGAGUAUAAACCUCUGGACAGCACACAAACUAAGCAACCGAAACCUGAACGCAAAAAGCGAAGGAAGAAAGAUGCAGACGUUGUGGAGGAGCAUAACGGCCACAUCUUCAAAUCCACCCAAUACAGCAUCCCCACAUACUGUGAAUAUUGCUCAUCGCUCAUUUGGAUGAUGGAUCGCGCCUGCGUUUGUAAACUGUGCCGUUACGCCUGCCACAGAAAGUGCUGCCAAAAGACGACCACCAAAUGCAGUAAGAAGUUCGACCCCGAGCUUUCCCCAAGACAAUUCGGUGUGGAGGUGUCGCGUCUGAUAACUGAUGAGCGAACGGUGCCCCUUGUGGUGGAGAAGCUUAUCAACUACAUUGAGAUGCACGGCCUCUACACUGAGGGAAUCUACCGAAAAUCAGGCUCCACCAAUAAAAUAAGAGAACUGAAGCAGGGACUUGACACAGAUGUAGAGAGCAUGAAUCUGGAUGACUACAACAUCCAUGUCAUCGCCAGUGUCUUCAAGCAGUGGUUGCGAGACCUGCCGAGUCCUUUGAUGACGUUUGAGCUAUAUGAGGAAUUUAUUCGUGCGAUGGGUUUGCAGGAUAGAAAAGAAAUGAUUAGAGGGGUGUAUUCAGUUGUUGACCAGCUAAGCAGAAAUCACCUGAACACUUUGGAACGGCUCAUAUUCCAUCUUGUCAGGAUUGCGUUGCAAGAGGACACAAACCGUAUGUCAGCUAAUGCACUGGCCAUAGUUUUUGCUCCCUGUAUCCUGCGCUGUCCAGACACGAUUGAUCCACUUCAGAGUGUCCAGGAUAUCAGCAAGACCACAGCGUGCGUCGAACUUGUCAUUUGUGAGCAGAUGACAAAGUACAAAGUGCGACGGAAGGACAUCAGUACCCUGGAGUUUGCUGAAGCUAAGGCCAAAUACAGACUUACUUUCAUCCGAAGAUCAAUGUCAAAUACACCAAAAAAGAGAAAACGUCUAAGCUUCCACGCACCUUCGCCUCCCGUGAGCCCACGACUUCAGUCUUUGUCAGACACCGUAAUAGAAGAGAGCGAGGGAGACGAGGGAGACGAGUCUUUGGUGGAAAUCUCCGAGCAUCAGCACGUAGCGAUGGAGCAGGAAGAGAGAGUGCUGACGGAGCAAAUUGAGAACCUGCAAAAAGAGAAAGAGGAGCUGACUUUUGAGAUGCUGACGCUGGAGCCACGAGCAUCGGAUGAUGAGACUCUGGAGUCAGAGGCCUCUAUCGGUACUGCUGACAGCUCUGAAAACCUCAAUGUGGACCCUGAGCCUAUUUCAGACUAUUCUGAGAAACGUCCAGUUUUGACUUCCCCUUGGUCUCGGAGGUCCGAUGGAAAGAGCCCACGACAUCGCACUCUGAGACGGCAACCCGAUUCCCUGGACUCGGUGGAUUCUUCCUCGAGUGUUUCCCCCUACUCCUCCUUGUCAUACUUCCAGUCGUCACCUUCGCCCGUCUCGAAUACCGGCCGUGGCUUUCGGUACCACUCCGCUUCAAAGUCUCCCUCUUCAAGCUCGAGUGCAUCGCAGGCCCAGAAUGCGCCUCAAGCUCCCCGCUUUGACAGUUUCAACUGCAGUCCUACAGCAGAGCUGGAGAGCGUGUUUGAUGAAAGACCACAGUUUUCCAGCCGUGGCACCUUUAAUCCAGGGAAAGGUAAACAGAAACUCAGGGGGACCAAACAUGUAUCCCAAAGGCAUAGCAGAGAAAGCGGCAGUCACAGCAGUGAGCCACCUGACAUGCAGCAGCAGUCGGUGUUGUACGGCAACAAUGAAUUUAUGGUAUGAAGGACUCAAUGAUGACAUGCCCUGGAAGCACGCUUACCUUGCCUUUAAAACUUAAAAGAAUUGUACCCAAGUGCCGUGUAUAGUGAAGAGGUACAAGAUGGUCAGCGGUAAGGAGCUCCACUUGUGUGCAGCCAAUGAAGCUCUCACAACUGUGCCUUGGCAGCGCCGCACUAGGCAUCAAGAGGAGACAUGCUGGUCUGGAGGGCAGAGUAAAGGGAAUGUUUGGAAAUGUCAAAGACGGUGAUAGUGAAUAUUCCAAGGCUGGAAAGCCAAAGCGAAAGCAAACAUGACAUCAGGCAUAGCUGAUGUUGCAUUGAACCUAACUCUCACAAUUAUUAGCUGCUCUUGAGUUUACAGUUCAUAACAAUCAAUGUAUACAGUGGUUGCUUGAUUACGAAAUGUAUUUUCCCCUUGUAUUUAAUGAAUUUUAUUGUCACGUAAAUUUUAUUAGCCUAUACAUUUAUAAAUACUGUACAAAGCCGGAACACCAGCUUAUGCUGGGUGGUUGAAGUCACAUAUUUAUCAUCUCGUUUUUUUUUUUUUUUCUUUCUUUGGAACUAUUUUGGUCAGAAGUUACAGAAUAUGGCAAUGAUAUUCGUGUGUUCAUGUGCCAAGCGGUCUAUAUACUUAAAUGCUACUUUUCCACUCUGCAAGGGAGAUACCACCAUCAAAGGGACCAAGUUAGCUGGUGUGUAAUUCCUGCCAAGGGGACCUAUGUAAUGCGAACAAUGUCAGAUGUGUAUAAAAUCCUUGCAUUAACUAUUUAACAGCCAUAAAGCAACUGUGAUGUACAGUACAGUCCAUAUGUGCAGUAUAGGGAACAAAAAUGCCAUCUUUCCUGACACCCCAGUAUCAAACCCUCCUUGACUAUUUGCUCAAUAGCAACCCAAAAAAAAACCAUCAUGUUGUCUGUCUUGCUUCCUGUUUUCUCUCAUCUGUAGCCUCGAAGUGCCUCUUAAUUUCAAGGUGUUACAAGGGAAAAGAUCAAGGUCUGUCAAAGAUUAAUAUUUCAUCAGGUUUAAGAACUUAUUAAUGUGCCAUCCAUAUAAUGUAGAAUUUGUUCCAAGACGAUAUAGUUCUUAACCUUGGGCUCUUGUUUUUUUUAUCAACUGCAGAAAGCUGAGUCUUGAGUAUUUUUGUAAAAUUCUGAUUAUUUCUCUGUGCAAUUUGAGUUUAAUUAUUUAUCAAAGUAGGUGAUCGGAGUGGAAAAGAAACAUUUUUAGUUUUGGGAGCGUCAAGGCCACAUGGGGAGAUCUAAUAUUGAUGUGACUGUUAAAUCGCCUUGAAAAAAGACAAAGUAAUAAAGUGACAUCAUGAUAUUAAAAGCUUUGCUACGUCUCAAAGCCA